AUGGGCAAAUUUUGGAAUGAGCUAUUAAUGGUCCUGGUGGUGGCGAAUAUUUUGGCGUCAGCGGAGACAAGGCGCAAAGAGGGAAAAGCACAAAGACACAAAGUGGACAGCCAGCAAGAAUCGCAUCCGCAACGAAAUGGUUCUUCCCUUAGAAUUCCGCUGGAUCCAAUAUUAGCAGGCGACGACACGACGGAAGCAGGAGAAUUGGUGUCAGCUGCCAGGGAGAUGGACUUUGAUAGAACUAUAGGUGACAUGGUGUCCCAAGUAAGAAACAAUCCAGCUCUAACCAAAAACAAAUGCGUGGUGGAUCGCCAGCUUUGGAUGUCCAACAGUCGAAGCCUUUCUCCAUGGUCAUACAGAAUAAAUCAUGACGAGAACCGCAAGCCAGUGGAUAUCCCAGAGGCCAAAUGUUCCUGUGCAGGGUGCAUCAAUCCUUUCACCAUGCAGGAAGACCGAUCUAUGACCAGCGUUCUCAUCUACACCAAGAUACCAGUACGCAGGCUGCUGUGCAACCGACCAUCCAAGACAAGGAAGAAAAAGAAAUGUGUUCGCCGUUACAGAACGGUAGUAGAAAGCAUUGCUGUGGGUUGCACAUGUAUAGUAGGGUGA